GAGAGAGAAUGUGGGCAUAUAAUGCACGCUGUUUGACCUGGACACUCAUCUCCUCCUUCUUCUUCUCAGGUCCAGCACGGUAAUACAUUUUCUGUCUUCGACCUGUCAUUGACUGCCAAGUCAAAAUUGUUCGACGACUCCCAACAACAAUCAUCUCGACCUGAUUUGGGUAAGAGUAAUCCCAUCUUCUCCAGCCAGCACUCCUCAGAAAUGCCACUACCAUGGCAUGCCCCUAUCACGUCGAGCCAAACCUUUACCAAGAUGCCGGCAUCAUAGAGCCCACCAUCGACGGGCCCGGGGAGCCCAUCCCAUAGAGAGUUGGUGAAGAACGGAGUUAUUGGUCCCCAGAAGAAGCACAUGGAAGUGCUCCUUCCCCCCGGUACAGCGUACCGGAGCGGCGAGUACUUGGCUGUGUUGCCUCUGAACCCUCGCGAGAGCGUGCGACGGGUCAUGAACCGGUUUCGUCUUCAUGCUGAUGACUUGUUGGCGGGUGACUACAUGACGGCUGCUGAGCUCUUUGGGGCGCGCGUUGAGCUCGCCACGCCGGCAUCUCAGCACCAAGUGGCCACACUGGCCGAAAAGUUAUCCAACAACGACAAAGAGGGAAGAGGUGGUGGAGAACUGUUGAAGGUGUUCGCUUCAGACGAAGCCACCUACCGCAGCAAGGUCCUGGAGAGGCGAGCAUCUGUCCUCGACCUCGAGAUUUCCCCGACUGCAAGCUCUCCCUUGCCGAUCUCGAAUCCUGGUGCCUUUGCCAGAAGCUCUUCUGAGACGACAACAGACGGCGACGAGAGCAGCACAUCCCUGACCUGCUCCAUCACCUACGCCAAGUUCCGCCUGCCGCAGGACCCAAAGACUCCCGUCAUCUUCAUCGCUGCGGGCACGGGGAUCGCGCCUAUGCGGGCCUUUAUUCAGGAGCGGGCGGCCAUUGCCGGUGCCAGGGGUGGUCCCGAGGCGCUAGGCCCUGCGGUGCUUUUCUUUGGGUGUCGGGACUUUGAGGAGGAUUUCUUGUAUGGGGAGGAGUUGGCUGGCUGCGAGACUGCGGGCGUUGUGGUGGUGAGGACGGCGUUCUCGAGGAGGGGCCCGCCUGGGCAGAAGAUGGCGCAUGUGGAUGAGGUUCUGUGGGAUUGUAGAGAGGAACUGAAGGGUUUGUUCAAGCAGAGGGCUCGAAUUCUGCUUUGUGGGAGUGCCGCUCGGCUAGGGCGGAGUGUGCACGAGAUUUGCGUGAGAGUGUAUCAGGAGGCGCAUCCUGAGGUUGGGCGGGAGGAGGCCGAGGGGUGGCUUCUGCAGCAGAAGGAGGAUCGGCAUCUGCGUGAUGUUUUUGGGUGA